CAAAUGCACCAAGGCAAUGAAAAAUGAAUGAAACAGAAAAGAAGAAGAAACAUGUUAUUAGGGAACCACCUUCAGUUCCUUUUAUAUGGGAAGUAAAGCCAGGCACUCCUAAGAAAGAUUGGAAGCCUGAGGUCCCUUCACUUGGCCACUUCCCUAAAACUCCACUUAAACUUAUUGCCUCAAUUCCCUUUGUUUGGGAGGAAAAGCCUGGAAUACCCCUUCCAAAUGUCUCACAUGUUUCAGUGCCUCCAAAGCCAGAGAAAAUGCUUAUUCAUGUAGCAUCAUCUUCGGGCUUUUCUUUUCCAUGCAACUUUGGCCAUGACGAUGCAAAAGACAAAGGAAGCAAAACCAGCUUAGACCUUGAAGCAUUUAGCUUUGAUGCAGAUGAAACAUCAGAGGCAGAGAGUAGCACAAGCAGCUAUGCAACUGGCAGGUCAAGUCCUGUUGGUGCUACUUUCCUUGAGUGCCUAUUUCCUUUGUAUCCACCUAAGUCUGGCUUCCUUCAAAGGGAUGAUGAGCACAUGGAAAAGUUUACUUCAAGUUCGCAAGAACUAAGAGCCGAAGACUUUGAACACGAUGGAGAUUGUGGCAGUGACCUGGUGACGAGGCCACCAACACUUGGAGAACUGAUUAUGAUGAGCAGAAGAAGAAGCUGCAGAAGGAAAGCAGUUCUAAUGAAAAAAUGGGAUCCACCCCAGAAAAUCACAAGAAAGCAAGCUUUUGGAUGCUUUUCCAGUGUAACCAACUCCAAUAUGAUUGAUGGACUGCUGAAGAGAAAGUACUUCCCCAGAUUGAAACUGGUAUAGGAAGGAUCAAUGAUGUAGAAGGAAACAUCAAGAAGAGAAGAACCAAGACAGCUCUAGAGCAAAUUACCCAUCUGCCUAUUGAUUAUAAAUCAACCUCUUUUAAUUUACUCUGUCAAGUCUCUUACAAUUUAUGUGUUUCAUGUGUUAAGAAUUUUGUUUUGUUUUGUAAAAUAUCCUCGUUAGUAUUUUCCAAAAGAUAGUUUAAUACAUGUAUUCUACUAGUAUUGAUGUGCA